AUGUCGAUGCUCCGGAACUUGAUGUCGACAAAGGUCCGCUCCAAUGCUGGCUGCUGGACCUGUCGGCUACGCCGGAAAAAGUGCGACGAGAAGCGCCCCGUGUGCGACGGCUGUGGCUCGCUAGGAAUCGCCUGCCACUUUGAAGACGAGAAGCCGGACUGGAUGGAUGGAGGGCCCCGGCAGAAGGAGAUGGCCGACAAGAUCAAGGCCCAGGUGAAGAAGCAGGCCAGCCAGCGUCGCGACCGCAAGUACAUGGACCUGCUCGCGACGGGCACGCGGAACGUGAGCCUGACGCAGAGCGACGGCGAGCUGGGCACGCGAUACCGCGUAGAGGGCAGCACCACCACCGCCACUACUGCCGCCGUCCACGGGAACGGGGAGGACGUUGUCGAUUCUCACCGUCAGAAUCCACCGAGACCGCAGGGGUCGUCAGCAAAGCCGCACAACGCCAGCAGCCUCACACCGCCCUCGAGUCAGACCAGCGGCGGCUCACCACCUCAGGUCACCUGGACGAACCGGCUCUUCAGCCACCAGGGCGCCCAGGACGACGGCGGGCCCGAUGUCGACGUCCACUUCAUCAUGAUCUACCUCGACUACGUCUUCCCCUACCUCUUCCCCUUUUACCGGCCCCCCAUCCUCAGCGGUGGCCGGGGCUGGGUGCUGGACAUUCUCCAGCGCAACAAGUCCGUCUACUACACGGCCAUCUCGCUGGCCUCGUACUUCUUCGGCGUCGUCAUGGCCAACGGGGACGCCGUCCACGCCGAGUGCACGAGCCGCAUGGCCGACAAGCUGCAGGAGCAGCUGCAGCUGGGCCUGCGCGAGCUGCAGAAGGAGAUGGCCGCUAUGAACGCCCGCAAGACCAAGGCCGCCCUCCACGAGCAGCUCAUCGCCAUGCAGGCCAUUGUCCAAAUGGUCGUCUUCGAGGUCGCCACCGGCAAUGGCGACAACUGGAAGAUGCACCUCGACGCCGCCAUUGCCCUCUUCUUCCAGAUCCUGCCCGAGCCCGACCGCUGGGCCGACACCCUCCACGGCCUCUACUCGUACCUGUGGCCGCCGCCGUCCAUGGGCGUCCGCCGCCCCUGGAGCACGAACCAGGCCGCCCUGCGCUUCUUCACCGCCAGCCUCAUCAACAUGGACAUCAUGUCCAGCAUCGCCCUCGAGCGGGCCCCGCGGCUCCGCCACUACCAAGCGUCCAUCAUCCCCGCGUGCUACUCCCGAGAGUGUCGCGAGCACGCGCAGACGGCCGGUCCGCUCUUCAUGGACGAGUUUGUCGGCCUGCACAACUGGAUCAUGCACGUGGUGGCCGACGUCGCCACGCUGGACGCCUGGAAGAAGGAACAGCACCAAGCGGGCACCGUGUGCGUCGAUGAGCUCGUGUCGCGCGGCCAGGUCCUCGCCGACGCCCUCCUGUCCAGUCUCAGCUCGCUCGACGCCGAGGCCGAGGCGGCGCCCCGGCAGACCUUCCACGCCAUGAUGGCACUCGUCGUCCAGGACCCGCUCCCGGAGAUGUGCGACGUGGUGCCCUCCGAGGUCAAGGACUUCAGCCCCCUGAUGGCCCUGCACCACAAGAUCUGGCUUCACGGGGUGCUGCUCUAUCUCUACACUGUCGUCUUUGGCUGGAAGCCCGAGCAGGAGGACAUUAAGCACCACACGAGACUCAUCACCUGCGCCCUGGCUGACAUGCCCCGGGGGUCGUGCCUGCGGGGCAUGGUGUUCCCCUUCUGCGUGGCAGGGUGUCUGGCGCCCGCCGAGGACGAGGAUAGAUAUCGGCAAAUGGUGCAGAGACUGGGGCCCCUACAGGUGCUGGGGACGGUGAAGGAGGCGUCCGAGAUCCAGGAGAAGGUCUGGUCGUGUCGUGGCCACCUGGAUGAGACGUUUGACGUGGCAAAGUGUUUGCGGAUCUUGGGUCACAGGUCGCUGUUGAUUUAG